UUAAAUUAGCAUUGCCACUAAGCUUAGUUCUCAUUGGAACUCCAAGUAGUCGCGACGUGCCAACGCAUGCUACAUGCCAGCGAGAAACUCAACUUAAAACAUUGCAUUGAAACGUUGAAUUGUCGAAUGUCUUUGGCUAAUGAUCAAUGAAAUAAGAAAAAAAAAACAAAAGCGAUAGGCAAAUAUGAAAAAUUAACAAGUAUUUCAAUGGGAAUUAUAUGUGUCUGUAAAUGAAUGUACGUAUGUAUAAGGCUGUGUAAAUUUAACAAAAACUUACGGUGAUAAAAUUCCCCUUGAGUGUGUAUUCACGUUACAUUAACAAGAAUUAAACUUCCUCAUACACACAUAUAUACACAUAUAGUAUAUGCACUAAUCUGCUGAUAAAUUGCAAGCAUUUCAAAGAAAUUGUAUAAGUGAAAUAAAAAAAGAGAUUAAAUAAACAAAUAAAAUAAACAGAAAUGCAGUACAACCAAGUUUUUUGGCUGUUAUUAAUCGGCACAUCGCUGCAGGCAGUGCUCGGACAAUUUUAUUAUUCCUGUUUGACGCCUUAUAAUACACUUGGCCGCUGUCUGCCUUCCAAGAAAUGUGGAUACCUCCAAAAGCUGUACACUCAGUACGGCCUGUCGGUGCCCGAAAAAUAUCUACAGGAUAUACGAAAGUCAGUCUGUAAGGGCAGCACACCAGAGAUCCACAUCUGCUGCGAUGACACCCUCUUACCACCUACAUCAACGGUCGCACCUAUGGAUCCAGAGGGCUUGAAUAAAUUGAAACAACAGAAAUGUGGUGUUGCUGAUGGCCAAAGGGUGUCGCAUGGAAAAGAUGUUGAUCUAAAUGAGUUCCCGUGGAUGGCACUAUUGAUCUAUGAUACUCCUCAGGAUCGUUUCAAAUGUGGUGGAUCGUUAAUAACAGAUAAUUUUGUAUUGACUGCAGCACAUUGUAUGGUGGGCGUGGCGGAAAAAGUUAUAGCCGUUCGACUGGGUGAACAUGACUUAUCUGAGCAAGAAGAUUGUGUAAAUCUGAACUCCCGCCGUAUCUGUUCACCACCGGUGGAAGAUAUAGACGUUGAAAAGACCAUACCCCAUCCAGAUUUUAACAACGCGCGCAAAACAAAUGAUGUUGCUUUGGUUAAACUUAAUCGCUCAGUGAAAUUCCAAAAGCACAUAAAGCCGAUUUGUUUGCCCAUCAUACCAGAAGCGGCAGAAAUACCCAGAGAUCGUCGCUUCUUUAUAGCAGGUUGGGGUGGCACUGAGAAUGGCAGAACCUCGAAUAUUUUACAAAAAGCAUUGGUACCACAUAAGACACGCGAACAAUGUCAGGCAAUCUUCCGACGAACGCAAAUUAAUGAAAAUCAUCUCUGCGCUGGUGGUGAUGGCUUAAUUGAUACCUGUAAAGGUGACUCGGGUGGUCCGCUCUUCUAUUUAGCUCCUUAUAGUGGUCCACAGAAAUCUCAACGCUAUGUUCAAUAUGGCGUCGUGUCUUUCGGUGGCACGGAGUGCGGUAGUGAUAAAAAUUCUCCUGGAAUUUAUGCAAAUGUUAUAAACUUUAUGCCAUGGAUAACCAGAAAUAUUGCUCAAAAUUAACUGUAGCCCAAUUUGAAGAAAUAAUUAAUCUGUGCAAUGUUGCCUGAAAUGAAUAUUUAUUAUACAUAUUUAUUAUACUUAUAAUAAUUUUACAUAUUUAAAACGAGCUCAAGCUCAUAUUAUUGUAACUAAAGAUAACCUCAAAUGGUUUGACUCAACUCAAAGGCGUAUAAAACAAUAAAUAAGACUUAAAUUUUUUUGAUAAUAUA